AUGGAAAAGUUUGAUAAACUAAGAGUUGUUGGCAGAGGAGCUUAUGGCACAGUGUAUCUAUGCAGAAGACUGGCAGAUAAAAAGUUAGUGAUAAUAAAGCAAAUCCCUGUUGAACAGAUGACCAAAGAUCAAAGAUUGGCCGCUCUAAACGAAGUCAUUGUUCUAUCUAUGCUAGACCAUCCUAAUAUCAUUCAAUACUAUGAGAAUUUUCUAGAAGAUAAGGCUCUCAUGAUUGUCAUGGAAUAUGCUGAAGGUGGCACAUUAUUUGACUAUCUACAGCACAGGAAUGGUCAACUACUAACGGAAGAGGAAAUCCUCCGAUUUUUCAUCCAGCUCCUCCUCUCAAUGCAGCACGUUCACUCCAAGCAGAUCCUCCAUCGGGACCUGAAAACACAAAAUAUCCUUCUGGAUAAGAAACAGGAAGUAGUUAAAAUUAGCGAUUUCGGGAUUUCCAAAGUCCUCACGAAGAGUAAAGCUUUGACGGUUGUUGGGACUCCUUGUUACAUAUCACCUGAGCUAUUAAUGAAGAGUGACAUAUGGGCGCUAGGUUGUGUCCUACACGAGUUAGCCACACUGGCCAGGUCAUUCGAAGCCCAGACUCUCCCGGCUUUAAUUUUGAAAAUUAUGCGAGGUUCCGUAGCUCCGAUAGCCAGCCACUACAGCAGCCACUUGAAGCAGCUGAUAAGCAGCAUGCUACAACUCGAUCCCGGUAAACGCCCAUCCGUCAAUCAAAUUAUGGCCACGCCCUUUUUACUACCCUACCUCAUCAAUCAUUACUGCGAUUUCGGGGCGUUGCCUUGCUUGAAGUUAGUUGGUUGGUUGGUUGGCUGGUUGGUUGCUUCAAAAUCUAGGUCCCGACAGUGCCUAAGUCAAGUUUAUCACUGGGGAGGUGGCUAUGGAAAGCCCUACUGCCUCCCCCUUCCCUGCAAUGAUACCCUAAUCGAGGAGGUGUCCGUCGGUCGUACCCAAAAAGCAGCCGUUACCAAAAAUGGAAGACUAUUGCUAUGGGAGGUUAGAUAUUUUAGUUGUAUAGCAUCGGGUGACAACGACACACCGCAGUACAUUCCAAGAUAUUUAGAAGGACAGUCAGCCGUAUUUAUCAAGCACAUAUCGUGUGGUGACAUGUUUACUGCUUGUUUGACUGACCGGGGUAUCUUAAUGACCUUUGGCACCGGGACUACGGGCUGUCUGGGUCACGACAAUUACGCCAACGUCACACAGGCGAAGAUAGUGGAAGCCCUGCUGGGUUACGAGGUGCUGCAAGUCUCCUGCGGCUUCUCACACGUCAUCGUCCUCACUGGCGACGACGAGGUCUUCACCUGGGGACGUGGAGAUAAUGGUCGGUUGGGUCUAGGCAACAACCAAUCACAUUGCAUUCCCCAACAAGUAGCCAUGCCAUUGGCUGGAAGCAGUGGCAGCGGUAGCAAGUGCAAAUUUAGGUCGGUGCAUGCAGGUGUUGAUGGUUCAAUUGUUGUCACUUCAACUGACGAUAUGCUGGUUUGUGGCAGUAAUAGGCAUAACAAAUUAGGAUUAAACAACUUUCUGCCCCCACCCUCAAAGUCGCCAACCAACCAGAGCAGGCCAUUCAUCAAUGAGGUUAAUGCAUUCACGCAAGUGACCUCAGAUUAUCUAGGUCAGAUCAAGGUCAAGGACGUGGCUAUGGGUACCUCGCAUACGCUGAUAUUAUCAACUUCCGGUCAAUGUUGCUCGUACGGAUCGAACCAGCUCGGCCAGUUAGGCGUUCCCAUGGAUACCAAUCAGGGAUGUGCUGUUGUUCAGUUUGUAAAAAUAAGUGUACUAAAGAUAGCUUGUGGUGAUGCAUUCUCCGUUCUAUCUACCUCGGAUGGUUCCAUUUGGACGUGGGGCAAAUCAAGUAGAGGCAGACUAGGGCGGACCAAUCAAAAUAUUAGUCCACCG